AUGCACAAACCAAAGAUUAUGGCGCGAGCUCAACAGACAGAGCGCAACCAGAGACGCAACCAACAUACACAGCAACCGAAUUUCGAUGUGGGAGAUUACGUGUUGAGGCACCUAGUGACGGGGGAGGAAACGGAUGUUCACACCUCAAGAUUGAAGUUCUAUGCAGACAGCUCGUUGCACAUCACGGAAGAGAUUCGCGUGCAUGUAGCAGCUCAGGGUCAACUCCUAGCUGUUAACGAACUUUUAGACUACAGAUGGAACACAACAAAGAAAGACUACGACAUACUAGUGAGCUGGAAAGGUAUGGAGCCCAUCGAGGACUCAUGGGAGUCAGCCAAGUCUCUGGCCAAGGACAUUCUUGUACUACUGAAGCAGUUUACGGCUGGACGAGAAGAUUCCGGUCUCGAUCGCCAUCUUGGUGCAUUGAUGACGUAG